AUGCCCGGGCGUCGGGAUUACGUCUUCAUCGUUCCAACUGCAUCUCACCGCCAGGGCAAAGCUCGAGGCUCAGAAGCUGCUGGGCCCCCAAAAAAGAAAAGGAAGAAAGCACAAAAGAAGUCUCGAGAGCCAGGACAGAAGUCUGCAGAGCACAAGGCCAAGUUCAAGGGGGUGAAAUCUCCAGUGGCUUCUGGGUCCAAGAAUCCAGCAGCGGUUGGAGAGGUCGAGGUUUCCAGCCCCACCAGAGUCUCUGCAGAUGGCUAUGCCACAGAGCCUGGCUCUGUCUUUGCCCUGGAGGUUCUUCGACAGCGGCUGCACGAGAAGAUCCAGCAGGCCCGGGGCCAGGACAGCACCAAGGAACUGUCCACGGCCACUCUGGAGAAACGGCGCCGGAGAAAGCAGGAGCGGGAACGAAAGAAGAGGAAACGGAAGGAGCUGCUCGCCAAGAAGAAGGCAGCCCAGGCUCAGGAGGCAGAGGAGAUGGAGCCGGUGGCUGAGGCGACCCCAGGGGCUGCCUGUGUGGAGGCCCCGGAGACAGCGCUGAUCUUCAAUAAGGUGGAGGUGAGUGAGGAGGAGCUGGCCAGCAAGGCCCAGCGCAGGAAGGAGAAGCGGCAGCAGGUGAAGGGGAACCUGACGCCGCUGACCGGCAGGAACUACCGGCAGCUGCUGGAGCGCCUGCAGGUGCGUCGCGGCCGGCUGGAGGAGCUGCGUGAGCAGGACGUGGGCAAGGCCCAGCAGCUGGAGGCCAAGAUGAAGUGGACCAACCUGCUGUACAAGGCGGAGGGCCUGCGCAUCCGCGACAACGAGCGCCAGCUGGAAGACGCGCUGAAGCGCAAGGAGAAGCGGCGGGCACAGCGGCAGCGGCGGUGGGAGAAGCGCUCGGCACAGGUGGUGGAGAAGAUGCAGCAGCGGCAGGACAGGCGGCGCCAGAACCUGCGCAAGAAGAAGGCAGCACGGGCCGAGCGGCGCCUGCAGAAGGCCCGCAAGAAGGGCCGGGUGCUGCCACAGGACCUGGAGCGGGCUGGCCUCGUCUGAGCCCUUCCGCAACCCUCACCUGCCUACCUGGCCUCCCGCACCUUCCCACUCCAUGCAGGUGGUGUGUGACGCUGGGGCGGCCCCUAGUCCCCAGACCUUGGGACCCCGUGAUAGACGCAGUCCUGGUGUCCCAGAGCUGCCUUGUAGCCUGGGUUAUGUGCCGUGAGGAUGUUUUGGCCACAUCCUCAGACCACAAGGAAGAGGACCCAGAACCACCAGCAGCCUCUGAGGCGCGAGCUUCUCGUAGAGUUUAGGUCAGGGAGGGAGGAACGGGUGGGGAGCACAGCAGGACGGGGCCUCAGCCAGCUGCCUUGUCCAAAGCUCAGUGGGAUGGGUAGCAGGGAGGGAGCCCCCAGGGGAGCAGGUGCAGCUGUGGGCUCGGACACCACGCUUGCCGCCUUGUGCCAGUCUCCAGUCCACUGGCGUCCUUGGGGCUCAGAACCCGAGUGGAGGGAGGGCCAUCAGGGCUGUGACACUGGUUGACACCUCCUGGAGUUGGGCUGAUGCUGGCCUGCCAGUACCAGAGCCAUGGGUGGGGAAGUGGUUAGGCACCUUGGGCAUUUCUCUGCCUGGAGGCAGAAAAUCAGCCCAGCUGAGCUACCAUUGGGAAGGGAGCCCUCAGGUGACAAGAGGUGAGAGCAGACAGGCACCCGAGAGGCUGGCAGUGCUGCUCCGUGGAGUCUCACUCAAUGAGAGACAGAGCCGGGCCCAGCAGCGGGGAAAACACUGGGAUUGGGGGCCCCUGUGGCAGUGCAGCAGGCGCCCUCGGGUCCACCCUGCAAGGGUGUGGACAGUGGGCAGCCUCUAGAGAAAGGGCCUGAGCAUGUCUGUCCCAAGCAGGGCUCCUGUUUAGGAGCUUGGCUGCAGCUUUGGCAGCUCUGGGUGGUGGUGUGGGCUGCGCCUCUCUCCGGCCCUCCAUCCUUCACAGUAAACGCUUGCGCUGCUAACUCAGACUCCAGGUCUGUUUCACGGAGGGUGGAAGCGAUACACAGCUCCCGAGCAGUGUUCAGACAGCACCCCUACACCUUGUCUGUAUCUGUCAGAAGAAACCCACUCGCUUCUGAGGAAGAGAUUCAUGCUGGUGCUGUGGCAGCCACAGUGUCUGCCCGAGGCAUGGGAAGCAUUGAGGACAAGGUCUGGGGCUUGUGCCCUGUGAAGUCACUGCAGUGAGCAUUGUCUGGAAAGCCCCUCCCACCCUAGCUGGAGGAGGCACACUUUCAAAGGGAAAAAGAGUAAUAUUUUCAAAAUAAAUGGUGAGCAAAUGCCUGAGAUGUUUCGAAUGUUCGUU